AUCAGGGAUUGCAGAAUGCGGUCAAUCAUCUGAGCCUCUCCCAGGCUGUGACACACAAGGAGCUGCCUCCUUCCCCUUAGUCUCACCCUGGCUGUCUUACCUCCAUACAGCAGUCUACUGAGCUGUAUUCAGGAUCUGGACAGCCCAGCGCAUACAGCAGAGAACUUUUCUCUGUAAGACUUUCCCACUGGAGAUAUUUUUCUUAUCCUUCCAGGAUUAUCGGUUCUAGGUUUUUGGGUUAAACUAACGGGAACGAGAGGAGAACGUUAAACUGGAGAGUCCUCUGGAAGAUGCAGAUCUUAGAAAGAGGGGGCAAACCUCGUUUUUUUCUGUCUUCUGGAGAGGAACCCACCCGCGUCGCGUUCCGUCUAAGUCACCUCCAGUUGUGAAGUUACCGUAAGUCUCUGCAGCUGCAGCUAUAUUUCUUGGAAGACCCUCCCAGACAACCAGCCAUGGCACACACACAUGUCUUCCUGGGGAUUUGGGGGUUUCUGCUUGUCCAUGGGUCCCUUGCAAGACCCCCAGAUGAAAAUGACUACUAUCAGCAGGAAAUUGUAUCCAGGGACCAUUACUACUCUUACCCGGACCCUCUGGAGAUACAGACACCCCUGGAGCCAGAAGGAGAGGAGGAGGAGGUGGCCCCAGAGCCCAUAGAGGAGGUGAUCCAUCAGAGCCAAGACACGCGGGAGGAGAACUACCCACUGCCCAAGAAAGAGAUCAGCAAACAUAAAAAGAUUACCAAGAAGGUAGAAAAAUCCCACUCACAGAAGCCAGCCAAAAACGGUAGCAAGAAGACAGAGAAAAACAAGAAAGUCCCGGAGAAGUUUGUUUAUGGACUGGAUGAGGAGAAGACAGUGCAAGAAGUCAGAGAAAGUUGUCCUCCUCUGGGGUUGGAAACCCUAAAGGUAACAGACUUUCAACUACACGCUUCUACGGUGAAACGUUAUGGUCUUGGAGCUCAUAGGGGACGUCUCAAUAUUCAGGCGGGGGUAAACGAGAACGAUCUGUACGAUGGCGCCUGGUGCGCUGGGAGAAAUGAUCUGCAGCAAUGGCUAGAAAUAGACGCUCGAAGACUUACCAAAUUUACAGGGGUCGUUACUCAAGGCCGGAACUCGCUGUGGUUGAGUGACUGGGUGACGUCUUUUAGAGUGAUGAUCAGCAAUGACAGCCACAGCUGGGUGGCAGCAAAGAACGGAACUGGAGAUGGGCUAUUUCCUGGCAACAGUGAGAAGGAGAUUCCUGUCCUGAAUGAAUUUCUAGAACCCUUGGUUGGCCGUUAUAUUCGGAUUAACCCCCGCUCUUGGUAUGAGGAUGGGAGCAUAUGUAUGAGAGCUGAAAUACUCGGAUGUCCUCUGCCAGAUCCCAAUAAUUAUUAUUAUAGACGAAAUGAGUUGACAACAUCAGACAAUCUGGACUUUCGACAUCACAACUAUAAGGAAAUGAGACAGCUGAUGAAGGUGGUGAAUGAAAUGUGUCCUAACAUCACCCGUGUCUAUAAUAUUGGACGUAGUCACGAGGGCCUCAAGCUCUAUGCCAUGGAGAUGUCUGACAGCCCCGGGGAGCACGAAGUCGGGGAGCCAGAGUUUCGCUACAUGGCGGGAGCCCAUGGAAAUGAAGCCUUGGGAAGGGAACUCCUACUUUUGUUGAUGCAGUUCCUCUGUCAGGAGUACAAGGCAGGCAAUAAACGCAUUUUACGGCUCAUCCACAACACCCGCCUCCAUUUCCUCCCAUCUAUCAACCCUGAUGGAUAUGAGAAGGCUGCAGAAUUGGGCUCAGAAUUAGGUGGAUGGUCACUGGGCCGAUGGACGUCCGAUGGGAUUGACAUAUACAACAAUUUUCCAGACUUGAACACAUUGUUGUGGGAGUCAGAGGAUCGCCCCAGGAAUCUCCGCAGGGUCCCUAAUAACCACAUUCCAAUCCCUGACUGGUAUCAGUACCAGAAUGCCACGGUGGCAAUAGAGACCCGUGCUCUCAUCACAUGGAUGGAAAAGAUCCCCUUUGUACUGGGAGGAAACCUGCAGGGUGGGGAGCUGGUGGUGUCAUAUCCCUUUGACAUGGUGCGUUCACCAUGGAAGACCCAGGAAUAUACAGGAACACCAGAUGAUCAUGUGUUCCGAUGGCUGGCCUAUUCGUACUCCUCCACCCAUCGGCAUAUGACUGACUCCAGCCGUAGGCCUUGCCACGCUGAAGACUUUAACAAAGAGGAGGGCACUGUAAAUGGGGCAUCGUGGCACACAGUGGCUGGCAGUAUCAAUGACUUCAGCUACCUCCACACCAACUGCUUUGAGAUUUCCAUAUAUCUGGAUUGUGACAAGUACCCACAUGAGAAUGAAUUGGCUGAACAGUGGGAAAAUAACAGAGAAUCUCUGAUUGUCUUCAUGGAGCAGGUUCACCGUGGGAUUAAGGGCAUUGUGAAGGAUAUGUAUGGGCGAGGAAUUGGAAAUGCUGUUAUAUCUGUGGAAGGAAUCAAUCAUGACAUACGUACAGCGAGUGAUGGGGAUUUCUGGAGACUGCUGAAUCCAGGAGAGUAUGCGGUAACUGCUCGAGCCGAAGGCUUCACACCAUCAACCAAGAAUUGUGCCGUUGGAUACGAGAUUGGAGCCACACGUUGUGACUUUGUUCUGACAAAGUCUAACCUAGCACGUAUCAAGGAAAUCAUGGAAAGAAUGGGGAGGCAGCCGGUGAGCCUGUCCCUGCAGCGUAGGAAGGUUCGUUUUAGACCAGGACGCCAUGUCUAAACUACACCAAGCUUGUACCUACAAAUUCCUGAACUCAGUGGUUGAAAGGAAGACGGGAAGUGGAGGGUUCUUCUGACCUGCUACCAACUUGUUCAUAGGUAGAGCUUCUGUGAACUUUGCAUAAACGUUUGACUUUUGCUGGCUUAUAACCUACAAAUAUGGAUCUUUUGACCAAAUGAUAUCAAUGAAAAAAACAAACCUUUUCUUUAAUAUGAUAGGAACCAUAUCUCUUAAGCUAGCCAUAGACUCUCACUUUCAGUAUGGAGAAGAUAUAUUAUGCCUGCACUUAGAACUUUUGAGAACAAGCCUUUUUUCGAUGCCCGCAUUCUCCACCAAAAGCAAAAAAAAAGAAAAUAAGCCUUUUUCGAUGCCCGCAUUCUCCACCAAAAGCAAAAAAAAAAUAAAAAAUAAUGACCAUAAAUGAUAGUGCAAAGUGCGCUGAAUCGAGUAGCACCAAUUAAAAGCUAUGUCUGAAAUGAAGCAUGAAAAGAAAAGGAAAACUCAACUUACAGCAAUGAAAAAUGGAAGGAAAAAAAAGUAGAAGACAGGAUAAUUAAACAUGCAGCAUUUUAAUCCAGAGGGAGAAGAUCACGAUUACGAGAUCUGGACUAGCACUGUUUUUUUUUUUCUUUUCUGUCUCAUCUUAAUUGUUUCUGCCCUCUGGCAGCUUUCAUUAACAUGACAUUUAAUCUGUUUUGUGUUCAUGCUAUAAAACGGCACAUUAGACAUUAAUCCUUCUUCUGCUGCCGUAGAGACCUCACAGAAUUUUCAUAGUGAAAGGCUGAACUGGUUACUUCUUCUACACUGUAUCAGAAUAAAUGUUGUCAAUUGGGUUAUCCUAGAAAUAAAUAAGCUGCAUGUGGUAAA